UGAUUAGAAUUUGCAUUAUAGCCCCUCAUUUAUUUUCUCUUUAGGAAAAUGUUCUAACCAGCGGUCAUUUGAAAUUGGACCGUGGCAAGUGAAUGUAACAUAAUACGCUCCUUAAAAAAAAUAAUCCGAAUAUAAAUUCUAAUAAACGGAAAUAGAAAACAAGAAAAAAGUAUUUAAAACAAAUUUAUCUAAUAUUUAACAAAAUGUUCAAUAAAUUGUAUGAAUAUGUUUUAAUAUUUUCGGUAAUAGUUUCGAUUAAAAUCAGAAUCAUAAAAAGCUUGCAAACGGAACACUACAUUUUAGAACGUGAAUACCCAUUGGAGAGGCAUCGCAUUAAAACCGAAGAUGGCUACAUUUUAACGGUACACCGAAUACCGCAUUCACCCGAACACUCCCCACACCACAUAAUACACCCUCAAUUUUCUCACCUCAGCGGCGACUACAAUCGUUAUUUGCCCAGUCGCAAACCAGUCAUUCUAUUACAACAUGGUUUCGGUCUUAGCUCAGAAGGUUGGGUAUUGCCAGACCGAGAAAUUGCCUUGGCCUAUCAACUGGCCGAUGCUGGUUUCGAUGUGUGGCUGGGUAAUCAACGUGGAAAUUCGUAUUCGCGACAGCACACCCACAUCGAUACGAAAACGGAUGAUUUUUGGAAUUUUUCAUUUCAUGAAAUUGGCUACUAUGACUUGGCGGCAGUUUUUGAUUAUAUGAUGGUGAAGACGAAUAAUUCGGGAGUUCAUUAUGUGGGAUAUAGUCAGGGUACCACGUGUCUGUUGGUCUUGUUGGCAUCGAGACCGGAAUAUAGGGAAAAGGUUAAGUCGGCUCAUUUGUUGGCACCCGUGGCGUAUAUGAAAAAUAUGAAGGUACCUUUGGUCCAGUGGGCAAGUGAAAAAAUUCUGCACUAUGGAGAGAUGUUGGUGAAUUUUCUGGGUCAUAAUGGUGUUAUGCGUUAUCAUCAUUUACCGUUCUAUCGCACACUUUGUAAUUGGGCAUGUGGUGAGGGAUCGAGUUUGCAGAAUGUUUGUCGCAUGGUGUUUGCUUAUUUCGGUGGCCCAGGCAUGGGUAAUAUUAAACAGUCCGUCCUAUCCGAUGUCUGUGCCGCCCAGCCGGCUGGUGCCUCCAUCAAACAAAUUCUCCACUUCAUACAAGUCUAUGUAAAGGGUAAAUUCCAACAAUAUGACUACGGACAGCAACACAACCAGCUGCACUACAAACAAUCAACGCCACCCGCUUAUGAUAUUAGCAGCAUUACGAACUGUGUCCAUCUGUAUUACGGGGUAACCGAUCAUUUGGCUGACGGCGAAGAUGUCCAGAGAUUAGCCAAACGCUUGCCCUGUGCCGUUGUACAGCCCAUCAGCGAUGAUGAUGAUAAAUGGAAUCAUUACGAUUUCUUGUGGUCCAAGGAUGCUAAGGAGUUAAUAAACGAACGCAUCAUUCGGGUGGUAAGGGAGAGUGAAAGUAAAUAAGGCUAUGGAGUGAUGGUGUGGUGCCCUUUUUCUUUGGUGAUAUUAUAUUUUAAGAAUGCCUAGUAGAAGUAUUUUGUAUUAUGCGGCCUCAACCCCCCUCUCAAGAUGACUGAUAUAUAUUAAGUGUUUUUUUUAGCAUUAUGUCUAAGUUGUUGUUAUGUGUAGAAAAAUAAAUUCAUAGUUUUUUU